GUAAAUAAUGUUAGAUUUUCCGACAAGCUAGAACAUUCAUCUACACAUUCUGUUAAAUUGGCGCCAGUGGAGAACAACAUUAAUCUGUAUACUAAGAGACGUUCGAUGGCCAAAUAUUAUGACGAAUAUCAAAAUUUUAUUUUAAUUGAUUUUGACUAUGCUAACUAUCCCCCUUCUGAUAAGCCUUUAAAAGAAUUAUUUGAAAGUGAUCAUGCUCCUGAAAUGCUAACCAAAGGGCAUAAUUUUAAGGUUGAUAUAUAG